CUCCUCCCCUCCCCGGCCUGCUCCCCGGCCGGGGCCGAAAUCGACCUUGUGAGUCCCUCGCGGGCGAACCAGGCCACAACAGAUAGUAGGUGGGUGGUGUCCCAAGGUGCAACUCACCGCCGCGCUGGCUCAGCGUGGCGGUGAGGAUGCACAGACGGUGGUAGUGGCGAGAGGUGUAUGUGGACCUUGUCCCCGCGGCAGCAAUGCAAAGCGGCAAACUGCACCUGGUAACCACCGUCGCGGAAAACGUGGCCCACGAAGCUGGAGGAGCAGAGAGAUUCGUAAAAACCACGCGAGUAAGCACCGUUCGCGGGAGAAGGGAGAUAACCGCGGGCGACGCGGGG